UGCAUUUCUCUAUCUAUCCAACAAACGAAACAAGAAAAAAAACUUGGUUAUGGAGUCUGGUUUUUCUCAUUUUUGAACAUAUAAAAAAAAUUAAUGGAGUCCAGUUUCACUUCUUACACCAAUUUUAAACCCUCUUCUCCUCUUUUGUUAUCCCCUUCUACUGCUUCUUCUCACUCUCUAAUCCCUUCCAACCUCAAAUUCUCGAAAUUAAAGGUUAGGAAUCGUUUAUUGAUCAGAAACGCUUGUGGGUUUAAUGAGAAUGAGUCUUUUAAUGGAUUGCCUAUCAUACCCAACAAGCUUUUCAUGCAAGAGGCAAUUGGAGCUGAAUAUGGAGAAGGUUUUGAGACUUUUAGACAAGACGGUCCUUUGAAAGUUGAUGUGGAUUUUUUGAAUGAUAGAUUGCAAGAAGGUUUUCUUCACCGCAUACGUUAUGCUAUGAAACCCGAUGAAGCAUACGGUCUUAUUUUCUCAUGGGAUAAUGUUGUGGCAGAUACCCGAUCUAUGAAGUUGAAUGCGUGGAAGCAACUUGCAUCUGAAGAAGGAAAAGAAAUUCCUGAAGAUGGACAUGUACGAAGGCAGAUGCUAUAUGCAGGUGCUGAUCAUGUAUUGCAUAAGGUGUUACGUUGGGAGACAUCAGAAAGUGAUGUGAAUCGAUUGAAGUUGAAGCUAUCACAGCUAUAUUAUGAACAUCUACUUAGGCUUAGAGAACCCACGGAGGGUCUAAAAGAGUGGCUAGAUGCUGUAGCUAGAGCUCGCAUUCCUUGUGCUGUUGUCUCAAGUCUAGACCGGGUAAACAUGGUGGAAGUCCUGGAGCGGAUGGGGCUCAAGAAAUACUUUCAGGCAGUCGUAGCUGAAGAAGAUGGCAUGGAGUCGACAGCGCAUAGAUUUCUGUCAGCAGCUCUCAAGCUUGAUAGGAAACCGUCCAAAUGUGUGGUGUUUGAGGAUGAUCCCAGAGGCAUAACCGCCGCACACAACUGUACUAUGAUGGCCGUGGCACUGAUUGGUGCACAUCCUGCGUAUGAACUAGUGCAAGCUGAUCUUGCAGUUGGUAGCUUCAAUGAACUGUCAGUGAUAAAUCUGAGGAGAUUAUUUGCUAAUAAAGGCUGUAGCUUUAUGGACAAGGAAAAGCAGAUUAUAGAGAAAUCUCCUUCAAAAAGAAAGCUAACAAUUGAUACUAUCUUCUGAUUUCUUUUCACCUUAAAUUCUCACUGUAAUUUAGAUCUUGAUAUCCAGUCAUUAGAUGUUCUCAGCUCUUAUGUCAAGUGUUUUGACAUUUGAUAAUACAUGUAAUUUUUUGGUAAUUAGAUUGUUGGCUGUUACUUUGUUGUGGAUAAAUUGAGAUAUACUUUUCAUUCAAAA